GAACGGAGAGAGAGGAGAGAGAAAAAGGAGAGGGAGAGAGUGAGAGAGAGAGAAAGAGAAAAGGAGAGAGGAGAGAAAAAAAGAGAGUGAGAGAAAGAGUGAGAGAGAAAGAGAGAGACAGAGGAGAGAGAGAGAGAAGACAGAGAGAAAGAGAAGAGAGAGAGAAAGAAAAGGAGAGAGAGAGAGCGCGUGUGCAUUCAUGCAUCCAUUUUAUGCGAACACAAUGGCCUUUUGUCUCUUUCUACACCAUGCUUAACAGUGUCGAUGCAAAUGUUCUUGUUCGAGACCUCAGAUUUUAAAACAUUCAUAUCAUUAAAACUAAGAAUCGAUCACCGCCUGGGUUGCUGUCCUUUUCCUGUAGUCCAUUUACCGUAAAACCAGAACUUUCUGCUCCUUCACAAUGUUUAGGCCAAUUACUAAGAAAUAAGUUAAGUUCAUAGAACUGUGAAUUAUUUUGUAUGCAUGAUAAUAACUACAUUGUGUAUUGCUCUGACGUCCCUUUGGAGAUGUUGACUGCAAGUCUGCAAAAAAUAGAACAAGGACCGCGCUUUCAAUAACUGAUGGCUUAUUACGGUAACGCUGGGAGUGACGCUGUGCCUUAGCGACACAAUGACGCAGCGGUGUAAAUAACCCCUGUAGAUGAAACAGCAUUAUUUAGUUUCUUGUAGAAUAAGAAAUUGCAGUCUUAAAUGUUUGUGGUGUUUCGGUUUCGACUCGUUAAGCGGUGAAUAUCUUUGAAGUAACUCGCUAAAUUGCUUAGUGGUUGCUUAGUGAGACUGAAACCUCUCAGCUAGCUAACCUCCUUCAGCCUCGCACUGUAGUAUCACAGCUAUCAGCAGGUCUGCGCCAUGGAGUUUCCUUUUGACAUUAAUCAGUUAUUCUCUGAGAGGAUCUCCAUUCUGGACCAGAAUCUUGUUGCAAGUCGCCAAUCUAAAGAAAAGCCAGAUCUUCAGGUCAAAAUUGCAACAGUUCUUGAUGAACUUGGGAAAGCCUCAGCAAAAGCACAAGAGCUCCCAGCUCCUAUAACAAGUGCUUCCAAGCUGCAGUUCCAGAAGCAUCAGCUGUAUCUGAUGAAGGAUGGAGACAGCAGCCGAGGACGGGGUGUGGUUGUGGGAUUUCUGAAGGUUGGCUACAAGAAGUUAUUUCUGCUUGAUCGAAAUGGUGUGCAUAUCGAAGUAGAGCCACUGUGUGUUUUGGAUUUCUACAUUGCAGAAAACUUACAGCGACAUGGUUAUGGGCUAGAACUAUUCAAUUUUAUGUUACAGCAUCAGAACGUGGAGCCAGUUUUGCUGGCAUAUGACAGACCUUCCACCAAAUUGCUGGCAUUCCUGGCUAAGCAUUACAAUCUGAGGCAGAGUGUUCCUCAGGUCAAUAACUUUGUUGCCUUUGAGGACUUCUUCCACAAAAGAGCAGUGUCCCAGUUGAGAAGAGUAAAAAAGGCUGAUGGAGAGAUUAAGCCUUAUUCUUUAAUGGAAAGAGAAGAGGUACUCCAAGAGCAGAGGACACUUCCUUGGCCAUUUGCUGCUCCCCAGUCUCCUCACCGCUCAGUAUCUUCCCAGUCUCCCAGUGUGGGCUCCUCUCCCAGGAGGGUGCCUGGGAGAGGAGAGCUUCCAUGUGUAACACAUGCAGCAUUUGCUGGAGACAGCAGGGAGCAGAGCGCACAUUCACCUUUGAUGGACUGCUGCAGGACAAGACGUAGCAAUUCCCUCAGUAGAUCUCAGCUGGGUUUUAAUUAACCCUGGAACUGAUGUUUGUUUCAAACAAUUGUUCUACUGUCUUGAUAUUGAUACUGUUUUUUUCCUGAUUAGGAACAAAAAAGCUGCUUGUUUAGCAUAAGGAUUUGAUUCAGACUUGAAUAGAAUGACAAAUUCCCAUAUUAAUUUCAGUUCUAAGGUUUGCGCAGUGAACCAACUUUGCUUGUCUUUUUUAACCCAUUAAAUUCUAAGAUAGGAUUUUGGUUUUAUCUCAAAUACACAUAAACUUGUAUCAAUAAAAUAAAAUAAUUUUUUUCAGAUUGCUUAUUCUUUUUAUCUGUAAAAGUUGGUGUCUGCUUGUUGAGGAUUAAUUCUCUGAGGUAACAAGUUCAGGAAGGAAAGCCUGAUUCAUCCCUUAUUUGUUGUCCCAAAGAAAGAAACUCUCUGCAGCAAGACAAAACUGACCCUGAGGUUUUAAAUCUAGGCUCCCUCUUUCCCUCCACUACUACUUCUUUACCCCACAAACAGUAAGGGCAUCCCUGGCUUAGUACAAUUGAUAAUGGAGCAAGCUGGACAUGGUGCCAAUCAUACAGACAUUUCUGCGGCAAGACAUACAAAAUUAAUCAUUUUGUAUGAGACACAGUAUAAAUCCUCUCCUGGUUUAAUUAUGAACAUCACAACCAAACUCCAGUAACUACCUCAGGAACUCUGAAAUGACAAAGAUCUGGUUCAAUGUUCCAUAGCUAUAUACAAGCCACAUAUCUUGCCUGAAGUCUGGAGAGACUUCUUUUUGCCAGCCCACAGAAAUCACUUGCAGGGCUGCUGAAAAGUGUGAUCACAGUUGGAACCCACUUUUUAAAUUAUCUUUUUAAAGGACCGCUAACCCUGUCUCUCCCAUGCAACUUUGAAGGUGUGUCAUCAGAGAUGUCCAAAGUUCUCAGGGUAAAUUCAUAAAAGUAAUCAUACGCAUCAGCUUAAUGAAGUGGUGUGUGUAUAUAGCUGAGCUUAUGUUUGAACCUUUGUUUUUUCGGUUUUAAACAUUUGAGUUAUUUUUUUAUUUGUUAUUUAUUUUGCUUGGCUUCCCCCCAUCCCUUAGUUGACUUGUUUUUCCUGGCUUUUUGUCACCAUUUCUGUUCUGUUUGUAUCAUUGGUUUCUGUGCACUUUUCUCCAGUAGCGAAAAAGGUUUAGUUGCCAGAUCCUGUCUGUAUAGUCGACACAUGG